AUGAUUAGAGAAAGAUAAUUUGAAGUAAUUAAAACAUUCUAAGUAAAUUAACACUUAUUCUGUUCCAUAUGCAGAGAAGUUUUUUAUCAUCCAAUUAGAGCUACAUGUGGGUAUCAUUCUUCAUUCAAUGUAGGCAUACUUUUUGUGGAACUUGUUUAGUUCGUUGGAUUUAGAUGAAAAAAAGUUGUCCAUUAUGUAGACAUAGACUUGAACGAAACUAUUAAUUUGAUAAAGAUAUACUAGCUACCAAUUUAGUUGAUGAUAUUGAAGUUAAAUGUUUAAGAUGUUAACUAUGGGAGGGAACAAUGGCUUAAUUUAAAUAACAUAAAAAAUCAUAAUGUACUUACAUCUCUAUGAACAAUCAAAUAUAUUAAGAUGUAAUUGAAAUUGGUGAUGAUGAUGUAUAAUUCACAGAUGCAGGUCUUGCAGAAGAAAAUGACACACUUGCUUAAUAAUAAAUCCUUGAAAAUAUUGGGCAAACUAAUUUGUCUUAAAUUCAACAAAUCUAAAUUCAAGACUAACAAUAAUAACCUUAAUUAAAUCAAAAUAUUAUUACCAAUUUAAUUGAUUCUCCUUUACAAACUAAUAUUAAUAAUAAUUAACUCCCUGAUCAAUUUAAUAAACAGAAUAAUAAUCACUAAAUAGAUGCACACAACCUCUAAACUAAUGUAGAUAAUAUAGAUAAUAAUUAAAUUACUAUUUAAAAUGAUAAAGACAAUUAGGUUAAUCUUUUAUUUGUAUAAGAAAUCUUAAAUAAUUUAAAUAAUACAUUAAAUCAAGAUGAAUUAAACACCACUUAAAAAAAUCAAUUCAAUACCUAGUAUUAAUAAGUAAUUAAUUAACUUCCUGAUUCAAAUUUAGAAGAGAUAUAGGAAAAGUAAUUAGAAGUUCCAAACUAAUCUUUAGUGUUAGAAAAUAAUUUGGAUUAAAAUUAAAGCAAUAUUAUCAAUAAUAAUGAGGCAAUUUUACAAUAAGCAUAAGUUGAGAAAGUAGGAGAUAAUUUAUAAAAUCCAAUUUAGACAGAUAUUUAAGUAGAAGAUCGAAAUUAAAUAAAUUAAUGUUUAGAAUAAUCUAAAAUUAACUAGCCUGAUGUUGAAAUAAUUGAUCCUCCGAUAAAAUUAUUCAAUAAUAAAGAUCUUAAAUAAAUUAAAUUUACUAAUAAAUUUAAAAUUAAUAUUCUAAAAAAUAAUGUAAAAAUUGGAGAACCAAUGAUGGAAUAAAUAAAUAAUAAUUUAUUUUUUGAAUUUGUCAAUCAUAUGAAAAAAGAAAUGGUUAAGAAAUUAAGUGACAUUUAAUACUAUAAUAAUUUUUUGCUUGGAUGA